AUGCAAAGCGAGGAUAAUGAUUGGCAGAAAGUAGUCUAGACUACAACAAGGAUCGAUCAAUAAAUAAAGAAUAUCAAACUGAGAUUACAAUCGGCACUUACUCAACUCAUUAUACAAUCAGAAGAAUAAAACAAAAUUACUAAUCCCGAUCCAAUCAUUCAAAAGUCGAAUCCUCCCUUAAUUAUUCCUCACAACAGUAGAUCAAUAGAGAAGAAGGACAAGCCAGCCUUAAGACAAUGCGCAUCCAAAUCCCCUAUUCGCACUCCGGAUACAGCCGAAUGUCCGUCUCCGAUUUCUCCCUUUUCAAAUGGUUCAGCUCUCAGAAUGCAAUUAAAACAAGUAGAACUCCUCAGUCCCAAAUAUUAAAAUAUUUCUGAUAGAUUUCACAUUGGCAAGUUCUUGGGCAAAGGGAAAUUCAGUGAUGUCUUUUAAGCAUAGUAUAUCUUCACACUAUCAUAGAGAGAAGACUUCAAAAGUCUUAGUUGCUCUAAAAGUCAUCCAGAAAACUGUUAUUAGUAAGUAUAAAAUGGAGGCUCAAUUGGCACAUGAAAUCAAAAUACAAAGCUACUUGAAUCAUCCUAACAUCUUAAAACUUUUUGGAGUUUUCUAAGAAUAGACUAAAGUACUUGUGCUUAAAUUACAACUAGAUUGUUUUGAUACUCGAAUAUGCGCCAGAUGGAGAACUAUAUAAAUUAUUAAAAAAACAGCCAAAUCGUAGAUUCACUGAGAAUAAAGCUGGAAAUUACAUUGCUUAAAUUGUUGAAGGCAUUUCAUAUAUGCAUAAAAUGAAAGUUAUUCAUAGAGAUAUUAAACCUGAAAACAUUUUAAUUAGUCUAGUAUCUAAUUUACUUAUUCAAUUUUAGUAAUUCUUAAAAAUUGCAGAUUUUGGUUUAGCAACUUAUUCACCUGAAUCAAAACCAAGGUAAUCCUUCUGUGGAACUAUAGAUUAUAUGUGUCCAGAAAUAGCUUCAGGGUAGGAUUAUGAUCAUUCUGUUGAUUUGUGGUCUAUCGGAAUUUUAGCUUAUGAAUUAACCACUGGGACUACUCCAUUUUAUCAAUCAUCCAAAGAAGAUACAAUGAGAAAGAUUAUAGAAGGCAGAGUAGACUUUCCAAAAUAUGUCUCAAAUGAAUUAUAGGAUUUCACUAAAUGUUGUUUGAGAAAAGAUCCACAACAAAGACUUAGAUUAGAGUAAAUGGCUAUACACAAAUGGAUAUAAAUGAAUCAUCAGGCAGGUGGUUAAUAUGAUAGAAUGUUAGUCCAAUCUUUGGUGACAAUUUUGAAAUGAUUAACAAAC